UGCAUAUCUCAACAAUUGGUGCGAUGGUGCACAUAACUGGCAACAUUCUCACAGCAUUCGGAUGGGCUAUCCAAAAACAAGCCUACAACAAAAUCCAACACACUGAUGCCUCGAUCUUUACCCAGACUAAAUGGUGGCUUGGGUUCCCCUUAAUCGUCAUUGCUCAAUGCUGAUACAUGUUUGGAAUAGCAACUGUUAAUGUAUCAACCCUUGGAAUCCUCAGCCCAUUCUCACUCAUUGCAAAUAUGAUCCUAGCCAAGUUUUACCUCAAGGAAAGAGUCAAGAAGUGGGAAGGAAUAGGAAUGGGCUUUUUCAUCCCUGGAGCAAUCCUUGCUUUAUCCUUCUCUUCAAAGACACAAAGUAAACAUACGAUUGAACAGUUCACGUAUUUCUUUUCUUCCCUGUCAGUAGCUUAUCUGUUACUAAAUCUGUCUAUCAUCAGUAUGGGGCUGAUCCUUUCGAGAUAUAUCCUUCAGAAGUUCCCAUCUGGGGGCACCGAAAGUAGCCAAAUAGUUGAUCUCGAAGAACACCCUGAAUCCGAGUUGAAGGAUACAAUUGAGCUUGAUGCUCCUAUCCAAGACAACAAUACGGUGGGGAUUAUCGAAGAUGACGUCAAAUUAGAUAAUCCAAAACAGAGCCUCAAAAUUGACCAACAAAAUAGCCUCUUGGACACAAUCUGAUAUAGUCCUAGGUGAAGAUUUAUCCCAUUAAUAAUGUUUCCCUACACAGCUUGUUUUUCUUCAAGCCUAGCAAUUACUUUUGUCAAGCUGUUGUCCUGUCAUGCACUUGCAGAGAAGAGUGGGACAUCAUUCUUCAGUCUGUUGCCUGUCAUCUAUAUCUGACUAGUGGGAAUCUCUGUAUUCUGCUGAUAUUUUAUGAUAAAUCUGUCAUUCAAGCAUUUUCACACUGUUUACGUAAUUCCUGAAUUAAAAGUUGGAAAUAUAAUUCAUGACCUACUCAGUGGUUUCAUAUUUCUCAGAGAAUUCAAGACAUACACACCAGUAAACUUCAUGAUCUUCCUCUGUGGAGUUGUGAUCUGCUUAUUUGCAGUGAGCUUGCUCUUACUAGGAAACGACUCACAGGAGCGUGAGAAAGCCAAAAAUGCUCAACCUGUUGACCUCCAAUAACCUUUUUUGGCACAUAAAUCUGCAUUUCAAUAAUAAAAUGACC